AUGAGCAAGUCAACAGGAGAGUCGACGAAGGCGGUGAAAGAGUACCUCAAGAAGACCAAUCGCCCUUACAGCUCAAAUGACAUUGUCAACAACUUGCAAAGUAAAUUCAACAAAGCGACCGUUGUAAAAGCACUGGACGCCUUGGUGGCCGACAGUAUCGUCUGCGAACGCGUCAAUGGAAAACAGAAAAUAUACUUUUUUAACCAAGGAAACAUUCAAGUCGAUCAUGAAAAGCUCAAAGAGAUGGACCUCCUGAUUGGUCAACUCAACUCGAAGAUGAGCAAACUCAAAGAGUCAGUUGACGGAAAGGAGAAAAAGAAGAAAACGCUAAAAGAACACAUUCCAAUGGAGCAACUGGAAAGCAAAAUUAAAACGAUUCGAAAGGAAACUGCGCAAUCUAGAGACAAGUUAAAGUCUUACAAAGAGAGGUGCAAGAACGUCAAUCCUGACGACCAGAAGAAAGUCAAUAAUGCACACAAAACUUUGCAAACUGAAAUGAGGAAACGCAAGAGAAUAGCUUCAGAAGCUAUUGAUUCAAUGUUGGAACAUUGUUCUAAACCGAAAAAGGCCUUUCUGGAAGAAGUCGGUAUCGAGUGUGAUUAG